AUGGGAGAUGGUCAUCAGUACUGCAGUGCACGCGAAAAGGUUGCCAUGGCUCCAUAUGAUUUGACGUUGACUGUGAACAGUGACGGAAGUCCUGUUUACAAAUCGUCCAAGUUUAACAUAUGGCCUGUUCAAGUCAUUGUAAACGAACUGCCACCCCGGCUGCGCUGGAGCAAUGUUAUGACACCACUUUUGUGGUAUGGACAACAACAUCCACAUAUGCCAAUGCUUCUGCAGGCAUUUGUGCAACAACUAGAGAAGUUGAAUGCGAGUGGCAUCACGUGGACACUUUCUGGCACACAAGUGUGCUCCAAGAUGCACCUGCCAGAGCUGCGAUGCAGCAGAUGGUACAAUUCAAUGGGUACUUCGGCUGUAGCUGGUGCUACCAUCCAGGGACCAAUGUUGAAGUUAACAGGUACCAUCAAAUACUGCAUGGAUCAACCCUACCCCGACCGCACCGACGAACAGACCCUGGCCGACAUGAGCGCUGCUUGCCGUACUGGAACCAUUGUACACGGAGUGAAGGGCCCCUCUCCUCUUAUUAACUUGCCAGGCUUUAGUCCUGCUUGGUCAUGGUGCCCCGAUUACAUGCAUUGUGUCUUGCUUGGCGUCUCGAGACAGUUAACUGAAUUGUGGUUCUCGGAUACAGGGACAGAAUAUUACUGUGGCAUGCCGUCUACCAUGAGGCUUAUAAAUGAAAGGCUUUGUAAAAUACGAAUGCCUGUAUGUGUAAGCCGUCAGCCAAGGUCGCUGCAGGUGAGAAAGUAUUGGAAGGCCUCAGAAUGGCAGUACUGGCUUCUUCAUUACAGUGUGCCUUGUCUGACUGACGUGCUUGGGGAGAAGUACUUGACUCACUGGAGCCUUCUUGUGUCAGGUGUGUUUCUCCUGCUGAAGGAUUCGAUUUCAAAUGCAGAUGUAGACCUCAGCACACAGCUGCUGACAGAGUUUGUCGUUGGAGUUGAAUUUUUGUACGGCCGGAAGAACAUGACAUACAACGUUCACCAGGUGCUGCAUUUACCAAAGUCUGCUCUUUUGUUUGGUCCUUUAUGGGCACAUUCUUGUUUCACAUUUGAAACAAAUAUGGGCAGACUUUUGCAGCUAAUUACAUCUGCCAAUGGAGUGGCCUUGCAAGUUGCUACUAGGCUUCUGCUGCGCAGCAGUUUGUUAGUUAUGAAGGCGCGUGCAAGCAGCCAUGUACUUUCGUUAAUACAAGAAAGCUCUGCAAAAGAAUGCUUGGACAGCAUUACUCCCCUAGGCAAGCCUGAAGUAGUACGCGAUGUUUCUGCACAUACGCAACUGCAGGAAAAAGAGGUGGUUGAGUUUCGUAGGGUGAAGGUUCGGGGUGCUGUAAUUGCCUCAGAAAGGUACAGCAAGCAUGUGAGAUCCAACAGCACUGCUGUUGUCCUUCCAGAUGGCACUUAUGCCAGGGCAAAAAGAAUAUUCUGCUCGAGAGAAUCAUCUGGAGAAGAACACUUCUACAUUAUCACCGAGGCAUACAGUGUUGACUCCAUUCUGCCAAGUGGGCACAUCAAAACCGCAAGAAAACAAGGCCAUGAAUGUCUCUUCAUGAUUGAUACACAAACACAACCAUGUAUAUACUUUUGUUUUAAUAAUCGUGAGUACUUUUGUGAUUUCGUUAACUCCUAUGAAUGGUUUUGAGUAUGUGACAGUU